AUGGCCGAAUCUACUAUCCCGACCCCGUUACCUCUAAUGGACUCAACGCCCGAUGAUACAGGCAAAGUCGAACCCGCGAACCUCCAUCUCCCCCGCAUCUCAAUCCAGUUCUGCACACAGUGCCGGUGGAUGCUCCGGGCCGCAUACUUUGCCCAAGAGCUCCUCUCAACAUUCAACACAGAUAUCGGCGAAGUCGCCCUCGUCCCGAAAACCGGCGGCGUGUUCACAGUAACGAUAUGCCAUGGUACGCUGAAUAGCGAAGGGGAGGUCACGACGCAGGAUAUUAUCUUGUGGGAUCGGAAGCGUGAUGGGGGAUUCCCUGAAGUCAAAGCUCUCAAGUCACUUGUGCGAAAUGUUAUUGCUCCUGAGAGAGAUUUGGGACAUACGGACCGGGCGUUGAAGAAGCAGCAAGGGGAGCAGGAGAAGAAAGAGGAGGGGGGUAAGGAUAAGGCGGGUUGUGAGGAUUGUCAGUAG